AUGGCUGCUCUCGCCAACAUCGCGUUGCUCCCGUCCACCUUUAUCGGGCAGAGCAGUGACCACACCGCCAAGGUGAACAAGGUUGAGGCGCGCGUCACGAUGGGGAAGACCGCCAAGGCGGCUUCCUGCAGCGCCCCUGACCGCAACCUGUUCCUAGGCCCCUUUAGGUCUCCUCCCUCGUACCUCACCGGCGAGUAUCCUAGUGACUACGGCUGGGACACGGCAGGUCUGUCUGCUGUCAUCCACGCGCUGUGGGCUAUGCUCGGCGCGCUGGGCUGCCUCACGCCCGAGCUGCUGGCCCGCAACGGCGUGAACUUGGGCAAGGGGGUGUGGUUCAAGGCGGGCGCGCAGAUCUUUUCGGAGGGCGGGCUGGACUGCCUGGGCAAUCCGAGCCUGAUCCACAAGCAGUCCAUCCUGGCCAUAUGGCCGACGCAGGUGAUCCUCGUGGGUGCUGAGGAGAGCUAUCACGUGGGAGGUCUGGACGGCUUCCUGGACGUGGAGGACCCGCUGUAUCCCAGCGGUGAGUUCGACCCGCUGGGUCUGGCUGACGACUGUGACGCGCUGGCGGAGCUCAGGCCCACCUGCUACUAUGGCCCCUCCCUCUAG